CACCACAGCUUCUCAUCCAACAUUCCUUAAGCCACAAUGGCGACUAGCACUAAAUUCACGGCUUUGGUCUUUUUAGUUCUUCUUGGCAUUAGCAUUGCCCUUUCCUCUGCCGCAAGGUCCUUGAAGAGCAUUCAAGGCGGUGGCGGAGGAGGUCAUGGUGGUGGAGGAGGAGGUGGUUCAGGUGGUGGAUUGGGUUCGGGUUCCGGCUAUGGUGAAGGUGGGGGAUAUGGUGAGGGAGGUGGACAUGGUGGAGUGGGCGGCGGUGGUCAUGGCGGUGGAGGUGGUGGCGGCGGAGGUGAAGGCAGUGGUGCUGGUUCAGGAUCUGGGUCUGGGCAGGGAUACGGCUCAGGGUCUGGCGGAGGUGGAGCAGAAGGAGGUGGUUAUGGGAGUGGUGGAGGUGGUGGCGGAGGUGCCGGUUUAGGUGGUGGACAUGGAAGUGGGAGCGGAUCCGGAUCUGGCUAUGGUUCUGGAUCAGGUUCUGGUGCAGGUGGGGCCCAUGGUGGAGGCUAUGGAAGUGGUGGUGGUGGCGGUGGUGGCGCUGGUGGUGGAGGUGGAGAAGGCGCGGGAUCCGGAUCUGGUUAUGGUUCUGGUGGUGGAUCCGGAUAUGGGGGAGGUGUUGGAGGUCUCAACUAAGCGCUGGACUACUUUAUUAAUAACACUUAAGAAUGAAAAAUAAGAGCAUGCAUGCGCAGUUAUGUACUGGACUACCUGUAAGAGAAUAUAAAGCUUUGUAAUGAAUCAAAUCAAUAUCUGUUUACUAAUAUAAUAUAAGAAAUACUGCUUUCUGUGCU